UGAGAAAAUUGAUCGACUCGAACAAGCCCAACGACAUUCACGAAAUGAAGUCAUGGGCGUUGAUUGGGCAGGCCGAAUGUUUCCUCUAUGCCACUGGCUAGCUAGUUAGCUUACUAGGGGAGGCAGCCUUCGUGUAUUUGCAUUACACUUCAAUGGAUGACCGGCGCGAUGGACGGAUGUCUGAGGGAUGUUUGAAGCAUGUAGACGAGAGUCGCCCCGGUCCCCCGAACGCAUGGGUAGAAGAUGAUCAACACCAGUACGAGGAAGCGCAGACGGAGAAAACGGGUAAUGGAAAAAUAAAUGGAACCCUAGUGGAGCGAGAGGACACCCCUUCUGCCCCUAUUCCUGUGUCUGCCCUUCAUUACUCGAGCAGCAGGCAACAUGAAACUUCUAACUUGAAACCAAAACCUCCUGGGAAGCUCCUCGCCAUUCACUCAAAAGGCAGUCGUAAUAGCCAUUUUAAGAACAGUAUGAACUGCAAAAAUGACACUCCUUCAGAGUUGAAAACACGUGAUAGCAAGAGCAAGUCCAUUGCUUUACCAAAUGGCGUUGUGCUCCUCAACCCCGGUCUGUAUGCUAACGGCUACCCCAGCAAGACUGGACCAGACAGUGGUGGCAGUGGUUCUGAGAGUGGAUACAUCACUCCCAAGAAACGCUGGGCUCAGAGGAGUGCAAUGGCUGAGGAGAGUGUGACUGCUGGGCAGGAGAAGGCUGUUAUACAGGCAGUUAUGGUCCCUAACAAACAUGAGAUGGAGCCUCAUAUUCCAGAGGCUGCCAAAACAGCUGCAGGCUCUCUGUCUCCCACCUCCAUCAAAGGUGUCCCACCUGUGGCACAGGCCCCUGUGGAUCAGGUUGGUGAACUACAGUGUAGGACCUCUGAGGAAAAGGCUGCAGCAUGCUCUGUUAAAAAGCUCGAAGACAGGCUGGGCAAAACCAAGCUUACCUCCAAAAAAGAGGACUCAUGGACCCUCUUUAAACCACCCCCUGUCUUUCCUGUGGACAAUAGUAGUGCUAAGACAGUGCCCAAGAUUAGUUAUGCAAGUAAAGUGAAAGAGAAUCUAAACAAAGCAGCAGUCCAAGCUGCAGGUGAUUCCUUACCUCCCCAGUCCCAGGUGCCCACCAGACUCUCCCAAGUCCCCAUGUCUGCUGUCAAAACCAUCACCUCCCCUAGCUUCACCAAUGGACCCCUAUCUGGAGAGGGGAGUAGCUGCCCUCUCCCUGUGCCCCUUUUUACCUCUACUGUUUGCACUGCCCCAAUGCCUGUCUCCCCUGCUAGCAAGUGGGAGAACGAAGCAUCCUUGUCCAGCAACGGCACUGAUAUGUCAGGCACCCCCUCCAUGAUUACUAGAGAACUGAGAAAGGCCAGCCUCCUUGUUUAUCCCCUGGGGACUUCAAAUAUGCAACCUGCCCUCUCCAGCGCCUGCCAAGUGGACUCACCUGCCACUAAGACAAAUCCCAAAUCUCUGGUGGACAUUUUCCAGAACCAGUGGGGGCUGUCAUUCAUCAACGAGCCCAGUGGAGGGCCUGGGGUGGGGCCGGCAUUAGUGGGGCAGCCAGCCCGGAAAGGCCAGAUCGUGGAGAUCACCUUUCAGGGAGGUGGCCCUGCAGCCUUGCCUCUACAAGUCUCUGCUACCUCCACUCUGAGACCCGACAAUCCCCUCUUCCCAAAGGCAUACGAACAGGACAGACUCACUAUCUCCCAAGCCCUUAGCAGUGUUGGUAAAUCAGGCCCUCCCUUGGCUCCUGGCCCUGGUGCUGGGCUGGGAGGCCAAGCCCCUUGCCCAGACCCUUUGAGGGGUGAGGCUGGGAGUAGAGGUGCCAUAAUGUCCUCUUUUAAGCACCCUGGUACUGAGCUGCCUCUUGCCUCCCCUGCUCAACCUGUGUCUGUCCUGGCCAAGGAGCCCUGCCACCCCAAGGGUUGCGACCCAGGAUCUUGCUGGGGGGCAUUCGAUCUAAAAGCUGCUGUUAUUUAUCACACUAAAGAAAUUGAAUAUAUUCAGAAUUUACAAAAACAAGAUUCAAAUGGAGUUGUGUUCUAUGAUCAGUCCAAGGAUGGGCCUGUUCAGUUAAGUCAUGACUGAGCGCUACACCCUCUCCUGGCUGCUGCCUCAUGAAACAGUGCCCUGGAGGAACUGCUCCCUCUGCUAUCUUAGAUUCAUGUUGCAGGAUUCCUUUGAUGUGAGCAGCUUGUGCCGUAGAGGGAACACAGUACAGCAGCACAACAGACAGACCACACUGAGCCCCUUACAGGGAUGCUGUCAUUCGGGAGAUUACAGGAUGGUUGAACAAUGGGGGAACAAGCCUUUUGACGGGAAACGUGUCCACAAGAGUGACUGCUACAUUUCUCCCUCAAUUUCCAUUUUCAGAGACAGGCUUGUAGAGGACAUCAUGUGGUAUAAUCAGUCACCACCUCUGCAUUCCCACCCCAUCUUUGGAAUCACAGGAUACUGGAGAGAGAUGGCCCCUCCUCUCUUAGCCUGUCAUGGAAGACAGGAAUUCCAAAUGUUCACAUUUGAACUGUAAGGUAUCAUAGAUGCCUCAAUUUGUAUUUUGACCGAAAACAAAUGGGAAAGACUUGGAACGCUUUAGAAUGGUUGCCUUCUAGAUGUGAAAACAGUGUGGAAAGAUGGGGUUUUCUGCUCCAAUUCUAGUUUAGAUGAAACCAAAUAUCAUGGGGAGGCUUUUGUAAGCCCAUGUAAAACAAAUGGGAAAGACUUGGAACGCUUUAGAAUGGUUGCCUUCUAGAUGUGAAAACAGUGUGGAAAGAUGGGGUUUUCUGCUCCAAUUCUAGUUUAGAUGAAACCAAAUAUCAUGGGGAGGCUUUUGUAAGCCCAUGUAAAAGAAAUGUUUUCAUUUUGGAUUAUGGAGGGGUUGUUUCCCAUUUUAACCGAAUUACACUAAUUAGAAAUCCCAGGUCAUUGGCUGGACAGAUGGAUGGAAUUUAUUUGUGUUCAAGGUUCAAAUCAUGAGAACAUGCAUCCCUCUCCCACCGAGGCCUAGUGUGUUUGUUGUGCCUCAAGGUACGGUCUCAAGACUUUGGACUCUGUUAAUACUGGACUCUUUUUUUGGGGGUGGGGGGGGGGGGGUCCUCAGGAUGUGGUGGUUACCAACACUGUGCAGAGGCUAUACUUUUUCCCCUUAUCUUUUCAUUUUCUGUUAAAUCAACCAGUUUAUAAUGACAGUUUAUGCUUUACAUGCUACCUCUACUUACCAUCUCAAUGCUCAAAUGAAUGCCCCAUAUUUGCAUACCUUUUCUUUUUAAGAUUUUGUUUUUAAAAGUUCUGGGCAGUCUUUUUUUCUCAUUGCACAGAAUAGGCGCUUUGGCAGUGUUCACUUUUUUUACUGUAGUAAUGCUUUAGAAUGAGAGAUUCAUGCAGGGCAGUAUUUUAACCAGAAAUAUGCAAAUGUUCAUGUUACAAGUCUCCUAUUGACAUCAAUGCAGGAUUUAACUGAAACUUAGGACUGUUUCAUGUCCUUUUCACCUCCAGAGGAGAAUUGUUAAAUUCAUAUGGAAAGGAAUUCUUGGCCUCUUUGACCAGGUUAGGCUGCUCCUUUCUGAGACUGUUAAUGUUUCUCUCUCCUGAGUCACCAUAAGUGAAUUUAAUUAGCUUACAUUGACUGAUCAGCACUUUAAAUCUAGAAUUAAAGCAUAAAAUGUACUAAAUUUAAAUGUCUAUUUAUCCCAGCGAACUCUGGCUCCUAACAAUCACUGCCAUUUUCAAAUAGGACAGCCUGUUUAUGACCUAAUAUAGGUGUUGCCAAAAGUUGUUUGGCAAUGUUGAUCAUUAACGUGGCCAAACUAAGCCAGGGGACAUCUUUUGAACAUUCUGUUUGUCAAGGUUAAUGUGAAAAUGAAUCUUGAUUUUGAUAAUGGCUAAUUUAUGGCACCUUAAUUCCUUUUUUUGUCCCUCUUAAUUGCAAUUAAAAUAUUGGAAAACAAUCAAAUAUCUCUGACCGUUGCAUUGGGUACUAAAAUAAUACUACAGUGUAUUUAGAAGACAUCAGCGACUGGCGUAUUAGAACGUACUGAAAAACCCAGUUCAAGGACUGCUGUCUUCUGUUAUGACAGACAAAUAGCCUGUGUGUGUGUGUGUGCGCAUGUAUGCAUGAUGUGUAUCUUCACAAACAUGGUCAAGGGUCAACGCAAAAUACAGGGUGCUUUUUAUAACAAGAACAUUGGAAUUCCGUCUGCUUCGUCAAGUAUGUCUCUACCUGCAAGUUGUGCCAUGUCUCGACUGUUCAUGCUGUCUUGUAUUAAGUUAUGUUAGUUUGUUCCUCACUUUUCUUUUCCUGCUGUAGUUAUGGUAAUAAUUAACAAUCUAUUAAAAAUUACAGCUCAUUUGCUGA